CCUUAACCUGUAUCUCUCCCUCCAGUGUGCUCUAUAAGGAGACAGUAUUUACUCUGUUGGCCUGGUUACAGCAGUGUGAGGCGAGGCUAGCCAUCCCCUCUACAGCCGUCACUGAAUACCCUACCAUGGAGGGGAGACUGAAGGAUGUCAAGGUAAUGCAGGUUGCGCUUGCAGAGCACCAGAGUGAGGUGGACUACCUGACGUCUACAGUGGACCAGGUUUUUCAGAAGGCCCCUCCUGAGAUCAGUCACAAGUACAGGACAGAGAUGGACAGCAUCAUGACUCGCUGGAGACGCCUGUCCUCGACGCUGGGGGAACAGGCGACCAAGAUAACAGAGCUUAUGGCUAAAUUACUGCAGUUCCAGAAUGACGUGAAGACUCUGAGGAAGUGGAUGGCUGAUGUUGAUGUGUUCCUGAAUGAGGAGUGGCCAGCGCUGGGGGACUCAGAGGCCCUGCAGAAACAGCUGGAGCAGUGCACUGCCCUGGUGAAUGACAUCCACACCAUCCAACCCAGUCUGAACGGCAUCAAUGAGGUGGGCGUGUCUCUGAAGACAGAGGCGGAGCCAGCAUUCGCCAUCCAACUGCAGAAGGAGCUCGAUGAACUGAACGCUAUGUGGGAGAUAAUCUGCAAACAGGCCUAUGCUAAGAAGUCCGCUCUGAAGGGGGGUCUGGACAAGACCAUGAGCCUGAGGAAGGAGAUGGCUGAGAUGCAGGAGUGGAUCACUCAGGCUGAGGAGGACUAUCUGGAGAGAGACUUCACUUACCAGACCCCUGAGGAGCUACGCAAGGCUGUGGAGGAACUCAAGAAGGGUCAAGAGGAGGUCCACUCUAAAGAGCUGAAGGUGAAGCUGCUGACUGACUCUGUGAACAGUUUCAUCUCCAAAGCCCCUCCGGCCGCCCACGAUGCCCUCAAGGCAGAGCUGGUCGUGCUGACCGCUAACUACCAGAGACUCUGCAGCCGCCUGGACGGCAAGUGUAAAACCCUGGAGGAGGUGUGGGCGUGUUGGUGUGAGCUGCUGUCCUACCUGGAGCAGGAGAACGGCUGGCUGGACCAGCUGGAGCAGAAGCUAGACGAGACAGACAGCAUCCCGGGGGGAGCAGAGGAGCUCUGUGAGGCCCUUGAUGCCCUGGACACAUUGCUGCGUCACCCUGAAGAUGGGAGGAACCAGAUCAGAGAGCUGUCUCAGACCCUGAUGGACGGAGGAGUUCUGGAUCAACUGAUCCAGCAUAAACUAGAGGCCUUCAACACACGCUGGGAUGAACUCAUGCAGAGGGCGGUUCGUCGGCAGCAGCAGCUGGAGAGCAGUGUGCAGUGGGCCCAGGAGAAUGACAAGACGCUGCGUCUCAUCAAUGACUCUCUGGACGCCACCGACCGACACCUGUCUGCCUACAUCGCUGACCACAUCGACGCAGCACAGAUACCACAGGAGGCACAGAAGAUCCAGACAGAGCUAAAUGGUCACGAGGCGACUCUGGCAGACAUGAAGAAGAAGAAUACAGAGAGAGACCAGUCAGAGAGAGUAGCAGCUCAGAUCCACCUGAUACAGAAGAAACUCCAGGAGGUGUGUGUGAAGUUCAGGCUCUUCCAGAAGCCUGCGAACUUCGACCUGCGCCUCUCAGAGUGUGAGAGGGUUCUCUGGGAUGUGAAGGCACAGCUGGGGGUGUUGGACAUACGCAGCGUGGAACAGGACGUGGUGCAGUCACAGUUGGAACAAUGCAUGAAGUUGUAUAAGAGUCUGAGUGAGGUGAAGUUGGAGAUAGAGACUGUGAUAAAGACCGGAAGACAGAUCGUUCAGAGACAGCAGACGGAGAAGCCUAAAGAGCUGGACGACAGACUCACUGCCCUCAAGCUGCUCUAUAAUCAACUGGGCGCGCAGGUGACGGAGGGAAAACAGGAACUAGAGAAGAGUCUGAAGUUGUCCAGGAAACUGCGUAAGGAGUUGAACAGCCUGACAGAGUGGUUAGCUGCUACAGACGCUGAGCUGACUAGGAGGUCGGCUGUGGAGGGGAUGCCCAGUGAUCUAGAGGCUGAGCUGGACUGGGCCAAGGCAACCCAGAAGCAGACAGAGAAGCAUGCUCUUCAGUUGAAGGCUGUAGAGGAGUUGGCUGAAGCCUUGACUGCAGUGCUGAGGUCUGUGAGCCUGGUCGAUGACAAGGUCCAGCUGCUCCACUGUAACUUCGCUGUCACCUCCAGGAGUGAGUGGUGGUUAAAGCUAUGCUGGUGGGUCUCUGACUACCAGAGCCAGCUGGAGACAUUGGAUGUGAAUAUGAAGGUGAUAAAGGAGUGGAUGGAGGGAGCAGAGAAAGAGAUGGACCAGAUAGAGAACCAGGGACCCAACGACCCUGUCCUCAAGGGUCUGCGUGGGGACUUGGAGGUGAUGCAUGGUAAGGUGGAGGCGGUGCGGGUGCUACACCAGGGUCUGAUGGGUACUUGUGGGGAACACUGCCAGGCACAGCUGGGGCCCAAACUGGAAAAACUCAACCAGCGUUUUGACAGCAUCGCACAGCGCAUCACUGCAGGACAGGCAGCAGCAUCAGCGGUGGAGGUGGAGCAGUUCCACAGUGAAGCUAAGAUCUGGCUGGACCUGCUGGAGGAAGAAGAGAAACAGGGAGAGAACCUGAAGGAGGAAGAUUUCACAGGACAGGACGGGAACUGUGAGGAGGGGGCAGUGAAGGAGCUGUUGCUGAAAGGACAGAAGCUACAGAGGAGAGUUCCAGACCUGGACAAGAAAGAACAGAUCAGAAUCAAACACAAUCAGCUCAACACUAAAUACAACAGUGUCAUGGACCUGCGUGGUGUGAGGAGGAGGAAGGCCCUGGCGAUAGCCCCCCAGUGGUAUCAGUACCGUAGGAAGACUGAUGACCUUCUCCAGUGGCUGGACGACAUUGAGAGGAGCGUGGCUGAAUUACCUGAUCCAGCAGAGGAACAGAGGGUUAAGGAGAUUGGCUCAGAGUUCGAUGAGAAGAGUGAGGAUCUGAAAGAGGUGCAGGGAUUGGCCAAAGAACUGUCAGACGCAGGGGCGACCUCGCUGGUGCAGCCCCGCCUCCUCCAGCUCAACACACGCUGGCAGGAGGUGGAGGCUAAAUUCACCCCCUACCGCCGACAAAGUUCACCUGACCCCUGUCUGGAGUCACAACCAAUCAAUGACCCUCAUGAGUACCUGGGAGAGCUGCAGACCCUGCUGCGUUCCGUCUCUGAGACAGACUUCCAACUGAACUCUCCUGAGUACUGGCAGGCCGUCUUCUACAACCUACCCCAGCAGGGACAGUGCCUUCAGGAGGUGAAGGUGAAUCUGAAGAACCUCCGCCCCCCUGUAGAGGGCGCUCUAGCCAGGAGAGAGGAGGUGGUGGCCAUCGCCACUCCAGCAGAGAGAACCAGGGUCCAGGAGACAGCUCUGCUGCUCAACACUAACUGGGACAAAGUCAACAAGCUGUACCUGGACAGGCUCAGGCGCUGGGAGACGUCCAAUGCUAAGUGGCUGAAGUUCGUAGCGGACCAGAAGGUGCUUGGUGAUUGGUUGAGUGGUGCGGAGACCACUCUGAAACAGGCGAAGACAGACCCUGCUGGGACCAGACCACACCUUAAGGAGCUGCAGGAGAGCGUGGGGGCCCAGGGGGGUGUGGUGGCAGGGCUGAACGCUGCAGGGAAGGAGAUCAUUGGUCAGAGUACGCAGGAGGACGGAGCUCAGAUCAGGCUACAGCUCAACACCCUCAACACACGCUGGGUGAACAUCACCCAGGAGAUCACAGAGAGGAAGAGGAGGUCUGCAGAGGCACGUACUGCAGCUAUGGGGCUGCAGGAGGACAUGGGGGAGUUCCUGUCCUGGCUGGAUGAGGCUGAGGAGGUCGUGGCCAUCCCCCUGACGCCUGGAGAUCACCACCAGAUGAACGCCACCCUGGAGAAAGUCACGGCUCGUGUGUUGGAGCUACCAGCCAGACAGAACAAUGUGGAUACCAUCAACACGAGGACCGGCACCAUUCCCCUCCCUGCUGACCAACAGAAGGAAAUGAAGGUGAUCAACACACGCUGGGUACAGGUGUCUAAAGACCUGCCUGAGAAGCAGAAGCAGAUUGAGAGCUUGCUGAAGGAGCUGUCUCACUUCCAGGACCGGCUGACUUACCUCUCCUCGUGGACCUCAACCACCAGGACCACCCUAGAGGAAAACCCUGACAAUGUGGAACCCAAGCUCAUAGAUGAAGUCCAGGUCAAGAAGCCUGAGGUGGAGGGGGUGUUGGCUAAGGGCCAGGAGCUGUACAAGGACACGCCUCCCAGCCAACCAGAGAAGGAGAAGUACCACAGUCUGAGUGAUGAUUGGAGGGCGAUUCAGGGGCAAAUGAUAGUACACAGAGAGAGGCUGGCCGCUCUAAGGAUCCAGAAAACCACCAUUGAGACCCUCCAGGGAGACGCCCCAGCCCUGGCUCAGUUCAACAAGGCCUGGGCAGAGCUCUCUGAUUGGCUAUCCCUGCUGGAUCAGAUGGUACAGACACAGAGGGUGACCGUGGCCGACCUGGACGACAUCAACCACAUGAUCGUCAAGACCAAGGGAGCACUGGGGGACAUGGAGCGGCGGCGCCCCCAGCUGGAGGGUCAGCUGACUGCAGCCCAGAACCUGAAGAACAAAACCAACAACCAGGAGACACGAGCUGCUAUCACCGACCGCAUUGACAGGUUGCAGACCCACUGGGAGGAGUCACAGGGCAGACUGGCUGAUAGACAUCAACAGCUACAGAACAUGCUGCAGGACUCCUCUGAUUGGUUGGACGCCAGGAAGGAGGUGGAACCUCUCAUCAAACGAGCCAAUGACAAGCUGGAGUCGUGGCAGGAUAUUUCCUACACCAUGGAUGCUCUGAAGAAGCAAAACACUGACCUCAAGCUGUUUUUGAAGGAGCUGCACCAGUGGCAGGGUCAGGUGGACGUGACCAAUGACCUGGCAGGGAAGCUGUUAACCCUUUACUCUACCGACCACACACACAAGGUCACACAGAUGACCGACGCCACGAACGUUACCUGGGAGCACAUCAACAAACGUGUUGGGGACCGUGAGGCGGCUCUGUCAGCUGCUCUGAGGCUGUUACAGCAGUUCUACCUGGACCUGAAGGAGUUCCUCAACUGGCUGACGGAGGCAGAGACCACCUGUAACGUCCUGCUGGACGCCUCACACAAGGAGAGGCUGCUGGAAGACCCUGAGGCUGUACGACACCUGCUGGGGCAGUUCCAGGACCUUCAAGGGGAGAUAGAUGGCCACACAGAACUGUACCACUCUCUGGAUGAGAAUGGUCAGCGUAUCGUGACGUCUCUGACCGGCUCAGACGAGGCCGUACUCCUACAGAGCCGCCUGGACAACAUGGGCCAGCGCUGGGACGAGCUCCGCAGCAAAACCAUGAGUAUGAGAUCUCACCUGGAAGGGGAAAUGGCUCCAUGGAAGAGGAUACACAUGACCCUUCAGGAGCUGAUAGCCUGGCUGCAGAUGAAGACUGACCUGCUGGAGCAGGAACCACCAGUAGGGGGCGACGUCCCUGCUGUGCAACAACAGCUGGACACACACAGGAGCUUCAGGAGAGAUCUGAGGGCCAAGGGCCCGGUGGUUAACGGGGCUCUGGACCAGGUUCAGAUCUUCCUGUCUGAACUGCCUGCUGAGAGGGAGCCUCAGCCUGUCCAGAGAGACAUCAGUCCAGAGGAGCGUGCCCAGAACGUGGGGCGUGUCCUGCGAAAGGAAGCAGAGGAUGUGGCGUCUGGGUGGGAGGGGCUUAACGAGGAGGCCGCUGAUUGGCAGAGGAGGCUGGAGCUGGCUCUGGAUAGGCUGUUGGAGCUUCAGAAGGCCCAGGACCAGCUGGAGCUGAGGCUGAGCCAGGCUGAGAUGGUGAAGGAGGCCUGGGAGCCUGUAGGAGACCUGCUCAUAGACUCACUACCUGAACACAUCGACAGGGUCAAGGCGUUCCAGGCAGAGAUAGCUCCUAUCAAAGACGAUGUGAGUCACGUCAACAACCUGGCCUCUACCUUCGGCCCUCCUGACCUCGUCCUCUCACGACCCAACCUGGACAGACUGGAUGACCUCAACACACGCUGGAGGAUGCUACAGAUCUCCAUCAAAGACCAUCUGAAGCAGCUGACAGAUGCUCAGAGGGACUUUGGCUCUCUGCAGGGUUCUGUUCAAGGUCCAUUUGAGCAGGCGGUCUCACCCAAUAACGUGCCCUACUACAUCAACCACCAGACACAGACAACAUGCUGGGACCAUCCCAAGAUGGCCGACCUCUACCAGUCUCUGGCCGACCUGAACAACGUGCGUUUCUCAGCCUACCGGACAGCCAUGAAGCUGAGACGCCUGCAGAAAGCUCUGUGUCUGGACCUCCUGGGUAUGCCCGCAGCGUGUGAGGUCUUUGAGCAGCAUGGCCUGAAGCAGAAUGAGCAUCUGAUGGACAUCAUGCAGGUGAUGACGUGUCUGACCAGCCUCUAUGAGAAACUGGACCAGCAGCACGGGAACCUGGUCAACGUCCCGCUGUGUGUCGACAUGUGUCUCAACUGGCUGCUCAAUGUUUAUGACACAGGAAGAAGUGGAAAAAUCAGAACUCUGUCCUUCAAAACCGGCAUCAUCUCACUCUGCAAAGCACACCUGGAGGACAAAUACAGAUUCCUGUUCCGCCAGGUAGCCAGUGCAACAGGGUUCUGUGACCAGCGGAGGCUGGGUCUUCUCCUCCAUGAUUCCAUCCAGAUCCCCCGUCAGCUGGGAGAGGUGGCCUCCUUCGGGGGCUCCAACAUCGAGCCCAGCGUCCGCAGCUGCUUCCAGUUUGCCAAUAACAAGCCAGAGCUGGAAGCUGCUAUGUUCCUGGACUGGAUGCGUCUGGAGCCUCAGUCGAUGGUGUGGCUGCCUGUCUUACACCGUGUGGCGGCUGCUGAGACAGCCAAACACCAGGCCAAGUGUAACAUCUGCAAGGAGUGUCCUAUCAUCGGCUUCAGGUACCGAAGCUUAAAGCAUUUUAACUAUGACAUCUGCCAAAGCUGCUUCUUCUCUGGUCGUGUGGCUAAGGGACACAAGAUGCAAUACCCCAUGGUGGAGUACUGUACACCGACUACGUCAGGGGAGGAUGUGAGGGACUUUGCCAAGGUACUGAAAAACAAAUUCAGGACCAAACGAUACUUCGCUAAGCACCCCCGUAUGGGCUACCUCCCUGUGCAGACCAUCCUGGAGGGGGACAACCUGGAGACUCCCGUAACUCUGAUCAACUUCUGGCCGGUAGAUCAUGCGCCUGCGUCCUCCCCCCAGCUUUCCCAUGACGACACCCAUUCACGCAUCGAGCAUUACGCCAGCCGGUUAGCUGAAAUGGAGAACCGUAAUGGAUCUUAUCUGAAUGACAGUAUCUCACCCAAUGAGAGCAUUGAUGAUGAACACCUGUUGAUUCAGCACUACUGUCAGAGUCUGAACCAGGGCUCUCCCCUCAGCCAGCCACGCAGCCCCGCCCAGAUCCUCAUCUCCAUGGAGAGUGAGGAGAAGGGGGAGCUGGAGAGGGUGCUCAACGACCUGGAGUCAGACAACAGGAAGCUACAGGCGGAGUAUGACAAGUUGAAGAAGGCCCACGACCACAAGGGGCUGUCCCCACUCCCCUCGCCCCCGGAGAUGCUGCCCGCUUCGCCCCAGAGCCCACGGGACGCCGAGCUGAUCGCUGAGGCCAAACUGCUGAGGCAGCACAAAGGACGGCUGGAGGCUCGCAUGCAGAUCCUGGAGGACCAUAACAAACAACUGGAGUCACAGCUACACCGGCUCAGACAGCUACUGGAACAGACUGACUCCAAGGUGAACGGUACAGCCCUGUCCUCUCCCUCCACCUCGUCCCAGCGCUCUGACACCAGUCUGCCUCUGAUGCGUGUAGCAGGCAGCCAGACUACAGAGACCAUGGGUGACGAUGAGCUGUCGAGUCCGUCCCAAGAUGCAUUGGGGCUAGAGGAGGUGAUGGAGCAGCUAAACAACUCCUUCCCCCACAGCCAAGGACUGAGUGUAGGCAGUCUGUUCCACAUGGCAGACGACCUGGGUCGAGCCAUGGAGUCAUUGGUCAACGUGAUGACGGACGAACAGAGUGGCGAGUAGCGGAAGACGAGGGCCCGCCCCUUACCCACUCCCCAACCAACCCCCUCCCCCGCAUGCUUUUCUAGUCAAAACAACUGGAUUGGACACGUUUACAAAGAGAAAUAUACAUAUAUUUUUGUGAAGGAUCAGCAUUACAAAACUUGUAGAUUUCAGUAGUUUCUUAAAAGUAUCGAAAAUGGUUUUAUUAACAAAAGGCAGGUUUUUAAACUUCUAUGCAAUUGUAUAAAGAAAGAAAGAAAAAGUAUGUAAAUCUUGUGAACGUAUUUCCAUUUCUUUGUAUGGAGCAUUUCACAACAUUUGUAUCAAAAAGAAAGAUUGUAAACAUAAGGUGCUUUAUAUUACAAAACUAUGUUUAUUAUAACAACAAAAGAUGAUUAACUGUAAAGGCAAUGCAGUCGUCCUGUACCCUUUCAGCGUAGAGAGACUGACUGUGUGUAUGUAUGCACGUUUGUGUGUGUCUUGGUACGCAAGGAUGUGUGUGACGUGUGUGUGACCUGUGUGUGUGUGUGAAGGUAAUCUAUUUUCCACAUUGCAUUAUAGCUUUUGCUUUGGGCUGAUGCACCUCUUGUUGUUUAUCAAACCAUCCAUCCAUCCAUAGGUCAUAGGUCAUCUUUUUCUUUAGUAGUGUCUGUUUGAUCCUCUUGUUGUUUAUCAAACCAUCCAUCCAUCCAUAGGUCAUAGGUCAUCUUUUUCUUUAGUAGUGUCUGUUUGAUGAUCAUAAUAUGAUACUAUGCCCUUUGCCUCGUUCAGCGCAGCUCUGGUCCACUCCUGUGUGUUGAAUCUACCACGAGGAGCCAUAGAGCACAGACUGAAAGGUUCAAUCUGGGAUAUUAACAGCCGUUAUUGUUGUUUUUCAAAUGAAGGAUUGGGCCUUUAACACUGACAGAAAGAAAGUAAUAGUGUUGUUUUAAUACCUAUUCAUAGUGGUUUUGUAGGAUUAUGACAUUUAAUUUAAAUUUAAUACCAUUUAAAAUAGAGCUACAGUACAGUGUGACAUUUCAACUGUUUGUAAUCCUGAGAUUAUUUUAUUGAUUUGAUCUGAGUUUUCUCCUAGUGUGAUUGGGAGCGGUUUAAGAUACAAGUGUAUGAUUCUAGAACCCCCAGUAAUGCAAGCUCUACCUCGUUUUAAUUGGUCAAAACCCAACUUUCACAUUCUUUUUCAUUCUGAUCCUUCCUAGGAAGGUGCAGAAAAUAUUCUACUGUAGUUGGAUGCCAUCUAAAAGAACCCAUCCAUGUUUUGAAAUGGAAUGAGUCCCUCCAGAUACAUACACUGUAGUGUCCUCAGUGUAGCUGGAUGCCAUCUAAAAGAACCCCUCCAUGUUUUGAAAUGGAAUGAGUCCCUCCAGAUACAUACACUGUAGUGUCCUCAGUGUAGCUGGAUGCCAUCUAAAAGAACCCAUCCAUGUUUUGAAAUGGAAUGAGUCCCUCCAGAUACAUACACUGUAGUGUCCUCAGUGUAGCUGGAUGCCAUCUUAAAGAACCCCUCCAUGUUUUGAAAUGGAAUGAGUCCCUCCAGAUACAUACACUGUAGUGUCCUCAGUGUAGCUGGAUGCCAUCUAAAAGAACCCAUCCAUGUUUUGAAAUGGAAUGAGUCCCUCCAGAUACAUACACUGUAGUGUCCUCAGUGUAGCUGGAUGCCAUCUAAAAACCCCUCCAUGUUUUGAAAUGGAAUGAGUCCCUCCAGAUACAUACACUGUAGUGUCCUCAGUGUAGCUGGAUGCCAUCUAAAAGAACCCAUCCAUGUUUUGAAAUGGAAUGAGUCCCUCCAGAUACAUACACUGUAGUGUCCUCAGUGUAGCUGGAUGCCAUCUAAAAGAACCCCUCCAUGUUUUGAAAUGGAAUGAGUCCCUCCAGAUACAUACACUGUAGUGUCCUCAGUGUAGCUGGAUGCCAUCUAAAAGAACCCAUCCAUGUUUUGAAAUGGAAUGAGUCCCUCCAGAUACAUACACUGUAGUGUCCUCAGUGUAGCUGGAUGCCAUCUAAAAGAACCCAUCCAUGUUUUGAAAUGGAAUGAGUCCCUCCAGAUACAUACACUGUAGUGUCCUCAGUGUAGUUGGAUGCCAUCUAAAAGACCCCCUCCAUGUUUUGAAAUGGAAUGAGUCCCUCCAGAUACAUACACUGUAGUGUCCUCAGUGUAGCUGGAUGCCAUCUUAAAGAACCCCUCCAUGUUUUGAAAUGGAAUGAGUCCCUCCAGAUACAUACACUGUAGUGUCCUCAGUGUAGCUGGAUGCCAUCUAAAAGAACCCAUCCAUGUUUUGAAAUGGAAUGAGUCCCUCCAGAUACAUACACUGUAGUGUCCUCAGUGUAGUUGGAUGCCAUCUAAAAGACCCCCUCCAUGUUUUGAAAUGGAAUGAGUCCCUCCAGAUACAUACACUGUAGUGUCCUCAGUGUAGCUGGAUGCCAUCUUAAAGAACCCCUCCAUGUUUUGAAAUGGAAUGAGUCCCUCCAGAUACAUACACUGUAGUGUCCUCAGUGUAGCUGGAUGCCAUCUAAAAGAACCCAUCCAUGUUUUGAAAUGGAAUGAGUCCCUCCAGAUACAUACACUGUAGUGUCCUCAGUGUAGCUGGAUGCCAUCUAAAAGAACCCCUCCAUGUUUUGAAAUGGAAUGAGUCCCUCCAGAUACAUACACUGUAGUGUCCUCAGUGUAGCUGGAUGCCAUCUAAAAGAACCCCUCCAUGUUUUGAAAUGGAAUGAGUCCCUCCAGAUACAUACACUGUAGUGUCCUCAGUGUAGCUGGAUGCCAUCUAAAAGAACCCAUCCAUGUUUUGAAAUGGAAUGAGUCCCUCCAGAUACAUACACUGUAGUGUCCUCAGUGUAGCUGGAUGCCAUCUUAAAGACACCCUCCAUGUUUUGAAAUGGAAUGAGUCCCUCCAGAUACAUACACUGUAGUGUCCUCAGUGUAGCUGGAUGCCAUCUUAAAGACCCCCUCCAUGUUUUGAAAUGGAAUGAGUCCCUCCAGAUACAUACACUGUAGUGUCCUCAGUGUAGCUGGAUGCCAAUCUGAAUGUGUUCAGAUACAUACACUGUAGUGUCCUCGGCGGUUCAUUAAGACAUAGAAAUGAAAUGUCAGACAUGUUUAAGGAAACUGGACCAGGGUGCACUACUGUUAUCCAUCCUGGACAGACUAGAGUUGAUCUUCUGUGUGCUAAUGCAUUUGUUUAGUUUUAUUUGUGUGUUCCUUUAUGGAAUUGCAUGGUGUGGGGGCGUUAUCAGUGUGAGAUCACAGUUGAUGUUUAUUUAAAACACAAACAAUUGAAGGUAUUCUUCAGGAUUAUUACAGUUUCAUGACAACACCUUUUUACUUCGUUUUUGCACCAUGUUUAUAGCAGCAUGAUGAAAGAUAAUGAUUCAUUAAUCCACUGCCUCAUUCAUUUCUAACCCUGGAGUUGUAUUGUCCAUCUUUUUCAAUAACUUGUUUGUUUCACAACAUAUCAAAUUCCACCAAAUAUAUGCCUUACUACUGUAUUAUAAAAUGCUUUACUGUGUCUAUCAAUAAAGCGGCGAUGUUGACUUGA